AUGGAAUUGAUCUCGUCAGCUCGGUCAACGCCUUCCGAUCUUGCGAGACCUACAAAUACGCCUUUCCUGAAUUGCCCUCUAGUACAUGUUCAUCGCUUUACCACUUCUCAUCAUCACCGUAAGUCCUCGGUCGAACAACAAGCAUGGCGGCGUCGGUCAUCAGGAAGACAAACAUCCAAGGCGACAUAUGGCAAGUCCUACUAUCACUCUUCUCUACCAGUGGAGAACUUGCUAAUCGUCGUUGACACCAGGCCCGGACUACCCAAGAGGUUUCAAUCCUUUCUAUUUUUCCAGAUCCAGAAACCGGAUCUGUUCAAAUCUCGACUGAAACAGUUUGUGAGCGAUGGUCACAUCACUACUGCCGCACAAGCAUGCGAGAUGAAAGAUGUGAUAUCAGGCGCACAAAAGUUAUUCAAGAGCUCCGGGAAAAAGGCUCCGUUACUACCUCUCCCUGGUGUCAACAUCGCGUUCGCAUCAUCAGGUCUACAUAAGCUCGGCAAGUUUGUGCAAACUUCCGACCAACAAGCCGUCCAGUCGGACCCGGCCUUGUUGAAGAUCUUCCGACGGAAUCAACUGCGGGGCGCCCAAUUCGAAGUGGGCAUGUUCGAAGACCUGGUAGGCGAGGGAUGGGAUAACCCACAAGACCUCCGACCCGAAUACCAGCCUUCUCACGUCCCUGGGCGUGAUCGCCGUCAGAUCGAUGGCGUCCUUUUGGUUACCUCCAGCGUUCAAUCGGAUAUCCUGGAGCAUGUCAAGAGUGUUACUCAGCACUUUCUUGACGAUGGAGUUGUUACAUUUCCCUUGGUGAGAGAGGGUCACGUCCGACCUGGAGAUGCUAAAGGGAAAGAGCAUUUUGGGUAUGCAGAUGGACUCAGCCAGCCUUUCAUCAAAGGCUUGGACGAUACUCUUCCCAACGCGAAAUUGCCCACAAACAAGGAGCCGAAGGCCAUGGACGCAGGGUUCAUUCUGUGCGGACACAAAGGCGACCCAAUGAAGCAACCGGCAUGGAGCAAUGAUGGUAGCUUCCUUGUGAUUAGAGAUCUGCAGCAGAUGGUCCCCGAAUUCGAAGAAUGGCUCCAGAAAAACGGCCCCAAGGCUCCUUUCUGCCAAGGCUCUGACAAGCCAGCAGAAAAACUUGCGGCAUAUCUGAUGGGCAGAUGGAGGAACGGAACACCUGUCCACGAGAGCCCCCACAGCGACGAGGACGAGAGCUUGCACGCAUCCAAUAACUUCGACUACGAGCCUCGGAACCAGCAUGACAAGUGUCCAUUCGCGGCCCACACGCGGAAAAUGCGACCGAGAUCAGAUCUUAGCCACGAUCACACGGUGAUUAUUCGACGCGGGAUCCCGUAUGGGCCUGAAGUCAGCGAUGGAGAGAAAGCAGCCAAAACCUCGGACACUGCUGCAGAGCGUGAACGCGGUCUAAUCUUUGCUUGCUACCAAAGCGAUAUUCGCAGUGGAUUCAAUUUCCUGACAACUCGCUGGGCCAGUCAACACCAUUACCCCAAUGGCAAGCAUGAAUCCGUUGGCGUCGAAGGCCCAGGCAUCGACCCUAUAGUUGGCCAAAGACUCGACCACCAUCCACCGCGACUGAUCGCUUUGCCUGACGGCGAAGUCCCUACCAAGCAUCGAAUGGAACUCGAAAGCUGGGUUAAUCACAAAGGUGGCGAAUAUUUCUUCAGCCCAUCCAUCGAAGCCAUCAUGGGCUACCUCACAGGACCAAGCGACUACGACUUGCCACCUAAGGCGAAAUUGUAA